AUGGCAUUUAGACUGGGUGCGGCAGGCCUGAGGGCUUCUCGCAUGUACUCUUCUUCGUCCUCGAACAGGUUCUUCCACAUAGCAGACCGCAAAUUCAACAUCAUGAUGAUAUUGCUUGUCGGUGCCGUGAGCUCCGAGCUCAUGUGGAUCAUCAGAACCAGGAACGAGACUGAACGAGUCCAGAGGAACUUGAACACGGAAAUAAAAAUCAUGGACCGUCUUAUCGCCAGGAUCAGCAGUGGGGAAAAGGUUGAUGUAGAGCAAGAACUCUUACACCCGGCGAGUGUCGAGGACGUCUCUCUAGACUCUAUUUUGAGCCAAAUCGAAGAGGUCGACGGCAAGUGGAAAAGUGCAGCUACAAAAUUACCCACGGCACCGAAAACAGCGAAGGCUCUCGACACAGACAAGCCAGAUGGGGCAUCAAAAGGCGCAAGCUCGUCCAGCUUCCUCUAG